CAAUCUGAAUAUGAUAAUCAUUGAUAUCAAAACAUCAUCUUUAUUCUAAUGUCAACGAAUCGGUAAGAAAUAAUGAGAAGAAAACAACGAAAAAGACGAUUAUUAUCAUUAUUAUCAUCAUUAUCAUCAUCAUUACCACCAAUAUCAUUAUCGAUGAUUAUAAUUAUAAUUUUAUUAUAUCAACAAUUAUUGAUUGGUGGUAUUAAUGCAAUGGCUUCCAAUCCAUAUGUAUCUGGAAUUAAAUUACCCGGAAACCAAAUCGAGGAUCAAACAUUUUAUGGUGAAAUAAAAUCAUUGAUUGGUGGCCGUGUAGAAUUGCCUUGCAAUUUAACUUUGCCUUCAUCAGACGAUGCAAUACAAUUAAUAUUUUGGCAUCGUGGUAAUAAUACACGUGUGCCUAUCUAUACAGUGGAUGGACGAGCUUCACAAACAUUAUCAAAUGCAACACAUUUUUUAAGUGAUAUUUUUCAACCAAAUCGUGCCAUAUUUAAUCUACAAUCAAAUCCAUCAAAAUUAAUUAUUGAUCCAGUAUUUGAAACUGAUCAUAAUGACUAUCGUUGUCGUGUUGAUUUUCGUUGGGGUCGUACAAUCAAUUCAUUUGUUACACUUCAUGUUAUAGUGCCUCCAAAAAAGAUAACAAUUCGUGAUCAAAAUGGAAAUUAUAUUGAAAAUUCAACAAUCGGUCCAUAUGAUCAGAAUACUGAUGUUAUAUUAACAUGUGAAUCGAAUGGAGGUAUACCACCUCCAACAUUACAAUGGUAUAAAAAUGGUGUUAUGAUCGAUGGUUCAUAUAUUGUCAGUGAUAAUGGUUUAGUUUCAAAUGAAUUAAUUAUUUAUAAAAUAUCAACACAUGAUUUAUAUGAUAAAUAUGUUUGUCAAGCUGGUAAUUAUAAUAGUUCAUCAACAAUACCAAUCGAAGCUUAUGUUAUAUUGGAUAUUAAUUUAUUACCAAUCGAUGUACAAAUAUUGACAAAUCGUACAAAAUUAUUAGCUGGACGUAAAAUUGAUAUAAAUUGUCAAACAUAUGGUUCAAAACCGGCUGCAAUUAUAAAAUGGUUUCAUAAUGAUAAACAAUUAAUAACACCGAAUUCAAUUGAAUCAUAUGAAUCGAAUAAAACAUUUAGUUCAAUAACGUUCAAGCCAACUGUUUAUGAUAAUGGUUCAUUAUUAAAAUGUCGAGCUUAUAAUCCUCGAAUUCAAUUGAAUAAAAAAUUUUCAACAACAACAACAACAAAUACAACGGCAACGAUAACAGCAGAAAACAUUGAUGAUGAAAAUCGAAAUUAUAUCGAAAGUAUUUGGCGAUUAGAAGUACUUUAUAGCCCUCAAGUUAUAUUACGAAUUCGUAAAUUCAACAACAACAACAAUAAUAAUGAUCAACAUUCAAUGUCAUCAUCUUCAACAUUACCGACAUCGACUACGACUACCAUUAUGCCAUUAUCAAUAUCAUCACCAACAACAACAAUGAUGGUCAUCAAUGAACAAACAACAUUAUUGAUUGAAUGUUUUAUCAAUGCAAAUCCAUCAUUGGUUGAUGUACAGAUUUUACAUAAUUCAACCAUUAUACAGUUGAAUAAACAAUUAGAUGUUCAAGAACAAAAUGUAACCAAAAUAUUAAUCGAAUCGGUUAAUGCAAAUCAUCGUGGCCGUUAUCAAUGUAUGGCUAUUAAUCAACAAGGAAUGUCACGUUCAAAUGCAAUACAAUUGAAUGUUCAAUAUGUUCCAUUCUGUAAUGAUCCAUAUUUAAAUCCAAAUAAAUCUGGUUCAGGUGAUAAUAAUGGAAUGAGAAUAACAACCACCUUGGCUACAGCAACAAUCAAUCAACAAAACAAUCAUCAUCAUAAUCAUAAUCAACAAUAUGCCUUAGCUAUAAAUGAAUCGAUACGUUUAAAAUGUGAUGUACAAUCAAAUCCAAUUGCAAUAAAUUAUUAUUGGACAUUGAAUAAUGUGGAUGAUGAUAAUGAUAAUGAUAACGAUAAUAAUAAUGAUGAUGAAUGGUUAGAUGAAACAAAAAUUAUUGCUCAAUCACGUCAUGAAUAUGAUAAUGAAUUAUUAUAUCAAAUUAAAACAAAAAAUGAUUAUGGAAAAUUAUCUUGUUGGGCUGAAAAUCGUAUAGGUAUACAACGACAACCAUGUUCAUUUCGUAUACAAAAAGCAGGACCACCAUCAUCAUUAAAUGAUUGUUCAGUAACAAAUAAAACAACAACAAGUUUAACAAUUGAAUGUUAUCCAGGUGAUAAUGGUGGUUCAAGGCAAAUAUUUUUUGCCAAUGUUUAUCAAUAUAAACAAAUUGAUGAUGACGACGAUGACAUUGAUAAUGAAGAUGAAAAUGAAAAUGAAUCCCUUAUUGAUAAUAAACAAUCAAUAUUGAAAAUAAAAACUGCUGGUAAUAGUGGUGUUAAUAAUUUGAUUUCAAUUCAUCACCGAAAAGAAAUGAUAAAUAAAAAAAUAAAUUUAACAUCCGAAACAAGUCCAAUAUUUUAUCUAAAUAAUUUACAACCAGGUACAAAAUAUCAUUUAGAAUUAUAUGCACAAAAUGAACGUGGACAAAGUGAUUUUGAACGUUUAACAGUAACAACAUUAUUUACAAAAAAUACUAAAUUAAUUUCAAGCUCAUUACAAGAAUAUGAAUAUGAAUCAUGGUAUUCAAUGAUGUUUAUAAGUAUUUUAUUUACAAUAUUAUUAAUUGUAAUUAUUGUUUAUAUUGUUUGUCGUUUACGACAACGACAAAUUUCAAGAAAAAAUCGUCGUAAAGAAGAACAAAUUAAACAAAAGUAA